AUGGCGUCGGCGACGCGACGCGGCGACGACGGCGCGGUGACGACGCGCGAUGCGGCGGCGGCGCGACGGUGCGCGGCGUGGAGACGCGCGCGCGCGCCGGGAUGGGCGCGAACGUACGCGAGCGGGACGUACCCGCCGCACGAGGUGAUUCCGUUUCCGUCGCUGUCGCCGACGAUGACGCGCGGCGGGAUCGCGAGCUGGAAAAAGGCGGAGGGCGAUCGAGUGGCGACCGGGGACAUUCUGGCGGAGGUGCAGACGGAUAAGGCGGUGAUGGAGAUGGAGUCCAUGGAGGAGGGGUACUUGGCGAAGAUUUUGGUGCCGAGCGGGGACGCGGACGACAUUCCGGUGGGGAAGGCGGUGUGCGUGAUGUGCGAAAACGAGGAGGAUGUGGCGGCGUUUAAGGAUUACGUCGCCGAGGAGACGGCGGAG